ACAUUGAGGAUUGCGGUGACACGCAUUAGUGUGUAGUGUCCUCAAAGUAAGUAUAUAUAAACUACACAUAUGCUUUUAAGUGCAUCAGGUAUUUUCCGUCAUUUAUAAGUUGUGAAAUACAAAAUUAAAUUUUAAAUAGUUUAAAUUUAUAUAUUUAAAUGUUUAGGUAGAUUUAAGUAAUUUUGAUUUUAAUCAUGUUACGAAAUGAGUUCUAACAAUAUUUAGCUUUUUCAGAAAAUAAUGAAUAUGUAUGUAUUUAAUAUAAAUAUAUAUAUUUAAAAUUUAAUUAAAUUAAACAAUUGCUGUUUUAAAAGCUCAAUAUACACAAGCUUUAUUGAAUUACUUCUGUUAAGGUAAAUGAAUUUUUUGAAACAAUUACUGUGUUUUAUAUUGAAAAGGUUACGUAUUAAAAAUAUUCAGGAGACGUUAAUUUAUCUUACAUUUCCAGAUUUUCUUUAAUUAAAAGCAAUGAAUUAAAUAAAAUUUGUUUCGCCAUUUGUCAUGAAUUUUUAAACAAUUGAUUAAGUUUUAGAAACAAGCGUAGAAACAAACAUUAAAAAAAAUUAUUGUAGUAUUCAAGAAGGAUUUUAAUUACAGUACGAUCGUGCAUGGGCGCCCGCAGAAAAGUUUCUAGGGUUGGGGCAAAAAAAAUCGAUUAACUUUCUAGGGGGGGGGGGGCAAAAAAUUUAAGUUAUGUUUUAAUGUAGUUUUAAUUUACUGUAGCGUAUUUGUAUGGUGAACGAACAGACAGGACAUCAGCUUAGUUACUUUCUCUUUAUUUUCUCUUUACUUCAAUAAAUUUGUUGUCUAUUUUUUACUAAAAAUUGUUUAUCCAAACAAUCCAGGGGUUGGGGGGGGCAAGUGCCCCCCUCCCCCUGCAGGCGCCCAUGGCCCAUGCGAUCGUGUGUUCUUUAAACUAUCCUAUAGUUUUUUAUUUUAUAAUUUAAAAUUAUAAAAGAAAAUGUAAUCAUACCUAAUUUUAAAAUGGAUAUUAAUGUUCACAUGUUUUUAAUAUCAUAUCAUAUAUAAAAUAAACGUAAAAACUAUUUUGUGGGUUUCUUUGUGGCUUUGUUCCACAAAUCUUUUUAAAUGGAUUGUUUGAUCUUACUCAAACUUGGUACAUAUCCCCAUCAUUAUACAGAAGAAACUCUUGGGCGUUAUGAAUUUUUGUAACAUUCAUUUGGGGGCCGGGGCCCUGAAUUCUUAUUUUUUCCCCUUUUAUGAGAUAUAUAAUUAAAUUACGAAUAAAUACUCCUGCAUUAAUAAAUGGAUCUUGACAAAACUAAAUAUCCAUAAACUUGAUUAUCCAUAUUCAAAUACCGAAGAAUGCUGAACGCAAAUAUCCAUUGCUUUGGGGCCGGGAAUUGCUAUUAAUUUUUCCUAAUAUAACCUAUAUAAAUAUCAAUAGGCCUAGACAACACUAUAGUUUUUAUGUGAAUUGAUGGAUGCAGGCCUAGCGUGGGAGCAACACUCUUCGUUGUCCGUCUAGAAAUAUCGCUGUAUUUAUAACUAAAAUAUUCAAUUUAUAAUUUACUAGAAUGUUCGAUAGUUCAAAAGCAAUAUCUUAAUAUAUUUUAAUUGGGAAAAUUUUUAAACGUUACUCAUUAUUUAGUCUAAAUGAUUUGUUAUAGGGCUCCAUCUUACGUAUAACUGAAUCGUUUUUCCUUUUAAUAGCUUUAUAAAUAGCAAUUUGCUUGGAAAACACUCUGGCUUUAGGUUAAAGAGAAUAGAUGGAUCCAGAUUCUGAUUUGUAGUAUUACCCUUAAUGUUUACAUAUAAAUAUUGUGGAAUUUAAAUCUAAUAAUUUUCAAUCUAGAAUUUUAUAGAAAUUUCCUUUAUUUAAAUAAGCCAUAUCUAUGACAUUUGUAAAUGGAUUUUAAUUUUACACAUUUUAAAUUUUAACUCCAUAAUUAUUCUAACUUAUUUUGAUAGGAUUCCAAUCUAGGGCAAAACUAAUUCGAUACAACUAUUGAAUGGUCCCUCACUGGGGUCUCUCUUUUAACUUAAAUGUACUAUAUUUUUAGAAGUGCAUUUUCGUGUAGAAUUGUUAAUAUUCGAAUAAUAAUUACUUAGAAAAUUCUUAUUUUUACACGUUGUGAUGAGUAUAUCAGUAUUAAAUCUAAAUGUUCCCAAGGGUUCUAUAUUGUUCAACGGGGAUAAAUAAAGGGAUUUUACAGUUUUUUUUAAAAUUUAGUUUAGUUCUAUUGAGUUCUUUACUUUAAUGGGGAUUUCCUUUAGAAAUAUCCUUCAUAUUAUUACCGGAAAAAAAUACGACUGGAAACAUGAUCCCUACGAGAAGCAGAAUCCUAAACGGGAAUGAAUAAAUUGGAACUAACUGGUAUUGCGCUCCCAUCGAUUGACAUGAUCAAAUAGGUAUACUAUCAGUCGAUUGAUUUUCUUUUGACAAGAGGAUCCCACCGGAAACUGGAUGCAUUGAGAAGGGAUCUUAAUGGGAUUGGUAUGCCACCUAAAAACGGUAUCCCCUCUGGAUCCGAACCACACCGGGAAAGAUAUUUUAAUGGGAAACGGGACACACUAAGUAUUUUCCCUUUUUUAGGAUUCAACCGGUGCCGGGAUAAGUCCAGUGUCGGUAUCCCACCGGGCAACGGUAACACAUCGGGAUUUUAAUCCAACAGAGAUCUGGAUCCUAUAAAAGUCAUUAUCCUAUUGGGAUCAUACUGCAAAUAGGAUUGGGAUUUUUGGAACUGGAAACCACCAAAUGAGGUCGCGAUCCCUCCGGGUACAGGGAUACCAUCGGAAAACGGGAUCACAUUGGAAAACUCGAUGGGAUUUGAAUCCUUCCGGGAUUUGGAUCCCACCGGUGAACAGAAUGUUUACAAAAGUUAUUAUAAAUAUGUUUUAGAGGGAGAAAAAGUAUUUUUUUUUCAAUAGUUUUAAAAAUAUUUUUUACUUUGCGCUAAUUUGAAUGUUAAUUAAAAGUAUGUAGAAGUUGUUGAUUUUUUCCGUAUUCAUCCCGGGCAACGCCGGGUAUAAAAUGGCUAGUAAGACAUUAAAAAGGAAAGACAAUAUACUUAGAAUGUGUGGAAACAAUGAAAACUUCUGAAUUAUAAACAUAUCUUUCUAUAAAUAAGUAAAAUGUUUUAUUAUGUUAAUUUAUUAAUAAGAUGUUCAAAUUUUUCUCUUGCUUAACGUGUUUGAUAAUUAAAAGGUAAAUAUAAAAUUUAUUUUUUCACUAAUUAACAAUGUGAUUUAAAAAUAAAUAUUGUUAAAAUGACCUAACUAAUAAAUACACAUAUAAAUGAACAAAAUAUAAUUUUUUAUUUACCAUUUUUUCUUUAAAUUAUUAAAAUGUUGUUACACAUUACAGAUGUCCGAAACAAGUUACACGUUUGUACUGGUUGGAAAGACUGGAGUAGGUAAGAGUGCUGUGGGAAACUCGAUCCUUGGACAAUCAAAAUUUAAAAGUAAUGAUUCAAGUCAGUCCGUGACAUCUGACUAUUCCAUGAAAUGUGCCCUUCGAAAAGGUUUUAAUGUAACAGUGGUAGAUACUAUAGGAAUAAUGGAUACGCGUUCAAAAUCAGAUACAUCAAUAUCAAAAGCAUGUGAAAAUAUGAAAAUAAUGAUGAGCAACUGUUCAACAAAUGGAAAACUCGCAAUUGUUUUUGUGAUUAAAUAUGGUGAAAGAUCGUCUGAAGAGAAUAACACCACGAUAACGAUACUAGAACAUAUAUUUGGAAUAGAAUCCUUUUUUAAAUCGUGCAUACUUGUUAUGACCCAUGGAGAAAAUUUUGAUCUGGAAUAUAAUGGGGAAAAAAAAUUUGGUGAUUAUGUUAAAGAACAACAAGGUCAUCUUGGAGCUUUGUUCAGCAGGUGCAAUUAUAAGUGUGUACUAUUUUAUAACCAAACAAAAUCUCUACAGAUGAAAAUGAAACAAUUUGAUGAAUUGCUGAAGUUCGCUCAGCUGCUAGAUCAUGGCUACACGAAAUUUAAAUUUGAAGAAGCAAAACGGGAACAAAAUCGUCUGAAACUUGAAUUGAAAUUACCAACUAUAAAAGAGGAUUUUGAAAUAAAAAUUCAAAACAUUUCAAAAAUGAUCAAUUCCUUAAAUUUAAGUGUAGAUUCAACAAUGGAAUUGUUUUCUCUGGAGAAUGAGAUAGUUAAAUGUAUUGCCAGUUUAAAUAAAAUGGAUGACCCAGGAAAUAUUUAUUACACUGAAUGUGAAGACAGACUUUUAGAUGACAUCAGGGCAGAGCUUAACAAUUUGAAUCAAUCAAUUUCCGAAAUGAGCGAAAGGUGUGCAGAGUUAAAAAGGAAACAUGAACUAUCCUCCAAAAUUCAAGAUAUUGCCAACAAGAUUGACAAUUUUAAUUUAAGAGACGAAGGAAAUGGAACUAAAAUCGAAAAUUAUGAAGAGCAACUUACUGCCAUUGAAACCGAUCUAAAUCAAAUGCAGCUAUCCGGUGAUCUAAAAAAUGAAUUGUUAUUAGAAAUUAGAAAUGCUAAACAAAAAGGGAAUAUUAUGAAACUGGAAGAGGAACAAAGAAUAGAAACGUCAAUCAAUGCAAAAAUACAAAGUUUAAUUGAUAUUUUGAACAAAAUAGAUUCUGUUGAUCCAAAUACCUCAGAUACAAUAAGUUCCAUUAAAAACGAAAUUAAAGAUAUUUUACGCACAUUAGAACUAAAGGAACAUACAAUCUGCAAAGAGUCUAUGGUCUACAUUAAAUUACAAUUGAACAAUUUGGAGGAUGCUAUAUCUUCAAAAGAAGAACAUCUCAAACAGUCAAAAGACAAAGAUGCACUCGUGUCACUCAUUGAAGAGCUUACAAUUAAUAUUACUGAAACAGAUCCAAAUGAUAAUGACAUAUUAAAUUUGAUUUCCUAUUUUGAAGAACAAGUUAAAAACUUGCAACUUUCAAUAUCAUCAAAACUGUCUAAUGUACAAUUUACACAUUUCCUAAACUUAACCUUAAAUAGUUCACGAAAAGAAUUAAACAUUUUGAAAGCCACCGUGCAAAGAACGUUAGAAAAAGAGAUACAUUUGGAAAUCCAAACUAUGGUAGAUGAGAUUAAAAGUGUUGCUUUAUCAAAAGGAAAUGUAUCAGAAUUUUUAGAGCAGAUAACAGCAAAAAUGAACAAUGUUAAAAUUAGACUAGAGGCAGAAAAAGAAAAAAUGGACAAGCAAUUCAUACAAAAUUGCUUUCUCACGUUAUCAAAUAUUGAAGAGGAUAUUACAAAAACAGAAGAGACGUUACAGCAGACAACAGUACUUUAUAAUCUUGAAAAUGAAAUUGAAAAAUUGAUAAGUGAAAUAAAAAAAACUGAUAAAAAAGAUAAACAGCUUUGUGCCAUAGCGAAUCGAUUUGAAGACGAAAUAACACAUUUAGCUAACAAGAUAAAAAAAGAAAACUUUACAAGUAGACUCAAUUCAAACUUAGAUAAAGCCCGAAGGAGAUUAGACGAGCUCAUAGCUAAAGUAAAAGAAGCAAAUGAAAUUGAAAUAUAUAGCCAAAUACAAGACCUAAUUGCAAGAGUAAACAAGAUUGAAUUAAAUGAUCAAAAUUUGUUUGAAACGUUGUCUGCUAUGCGAAAUGAAGUAUCAGAUUUAAAUCAUAAUAUUGAACAACAGAAAAAGCUAAUGAGCCUCGGCACACUUGAAGACUUUAAUAACUCAUUGAGGGAUAUUAACAUGGACAUUGAAAGAAAAGAACUGUCAUUAAAACAGUUCAUGAAAUAUUGUGAAAUUCAACUACUAAUUGAACGUUUAAAAGAUUUUAAAUUAAACACUCUUGCAAAUGAAUCAGGAAUUAAUGAAAUCAUCCAGAGUUUUGAACAAAAUCUGAAAAUAAUUACUUUAAUGGUGACAUGUGAAGACUGCGGUGACGAGUUCACAAACAACUUGAAAUCAAGACUAAACGAAGUUCAAAUAGAAUUUAAAUUAAACGUUACAGAAUUAAAAGAAAAGAUGAUGUAUUCUAAAAUAAAAGAUAUUAAUGAACUCUUAAACAAUAUGGACUCGGCUGAUCAAAUUGUGGAAGGGACUCUGUUAGCUGUUAAAGAUAAAAUCGAAAACAUGUGUAAUAAGCUAGAAGAGGAAAAAGAAGAACUGAGCGAAACAUGCAUAGAAAACGUAACUUUUUCAAUAAAACAAUGGAAACAAGAUAUUACAAAUAAAGAAGAAUCUCUCCAAGAGAUGCUUAAAGUGAAUGAUACGAAAGAUAAAAUUGAAGAUAUUAUCAAAAGGAUAAAUAAGUGCAACCCAGAAGAUAAAGAUAUAUAUUCUUUAAUACACGCCUUUAAGGAUGAAAUUUCAAACAUAAUGAUACAAGCUGAACAUUUGAAACAAGCAAGUAUUGAUACACUUAGUGUAACUGUUGUCAAAGAAGCUAAAAUUGAACUGGAAAAUUUAAAGGGAAAAGUACGAGACAUUAAGAAAAACGAAUUUAAAGUCAAUAUACAGACAUUUAAUGACUGUUUAAACGACCUGAAGGCCAAUAGUGAUAAGGCAACGGAAAAUACUCUGAAAAAAAUAGAACAAGAUAUUAUUAUCUUCAAAAAUGAAAAAGAACAAGAUAACAAAAUUUUGGGUAUUACAUUUGAGGAAACAGAAUUUAAUUCUUUUGGCGAUUUGCUAGAACAAGUCAGUGAGCAAAAAAAAGUCCUUGAUGAGCAGAAUAAAGCUGCAAAGCUGAAAAAACAAAUUGAAAAUAUUAUUUUUAGUAUACAAAAAACUGAUCCAAAAGAAAAGGAUAUUAAUGCAAGAUUGUCUAAAUUUGACGAAGAGAUAAGUAGUAUAAUUUCCCAGAAGGAUAAUUUAAAGCGCGAUUUAAGAGAAGAUCUUGAAAAAUAUUGCGCUCGUGCUGAAUACGAACUAGAUAAACUGAACCAAAAAAAAAAAAAAAGAAAAUAA